UGCAGUGCUGCCACCGUCGCCGCAAAUAAUUUCUAGUGUGCUUUCCAUUAAUCAGCCCACAAAUUAAUAAUAAUUAAUAAGUUCGGCACUACCCAUCACACAGCGAUCUACCGCUCCCGCCCCAACCCGAGUAUCCGUCAAUCAGAAAGCUAAUGCUGAACCGAGCGGGCAGUGCGCGAAAGUUUCCGACGUUUUGACAACCCAUACAGUUGUUCUGCUCUUUUUAAGGCGGCCGCCGUCGCGUCAAGUCUGACAGUGUGAAGAGAAAAAUCGUGGUUUUUCACGAAACGCUUGUGUUUUGUUUAAUUUGAAGUCAGAUAAAAUAAAAUGGCAGCGGAUCAGGCUCAGUUCCAGCAGCUCCUCGUCUCUCUCCUGUCCACGGACAACGACGUUCGCCAGCAGGCCGAGGAAGCCUAUAACAAUCUUGCUAGAGAGCUAAAGGUGACGCACCUUCUGGGAAACAUCCAAAAUGGCCAGCAAUCGGAGGAGGCGCGGCAGAUGGCCGCCGUGCUGUUGCGCCGACUGUUUACCACUGAAUUUAUUGAGUUCUACAAAGAGAUUCCCGCUGAAUCCCAAACCCAGCUGCUGCAGCAGAUCCUGUUGGCUGUGCAGCAGGAUGUGACUCCCCAGUUAAGGCGCAAGAUUUGCGAGGUGGUUGCCGAGGUGGCCAGGAAUCUGAUUGAUGAGGACAGCAACAACCAGUGGCCGGACGUCCUCCAGUUUCUCUUCCAGUGCGCCAACUCGCCCAAUCCCCAGUUGCAGGAAUCAGCUCUGCGCAUCUUCACCAGCGUGCCCUCGAUCUUUGGCAACCAGGAAGCCCAGUACAUCGAGCUGAUCAAGCAGAUGCUGGCCAAAAGCAUGGACGCCAGCUCCGAUGCGGAGGUGCGUGUCCAGGCUGUGCGUGCUGUUGGCGCCUUCAUUCUCUUCCACGAUAAGGAGAAGGAAGCUGCCAUUUACAAGCAUUUCGCGGAUAUGCUGCCCCGCAUGAUCCAUAUCACUGGGGAGACGAUCGAGGCCCAGGAUGACCAGAGCCUGCUCAAGCUUCUCAUCGAUAUGACCGAGAACUGUCCGAAGUUCCUGCGCCCCCAGCUGGAGUUUAUCUUCGAGGUCUGCAUGAAGGUGUUUAGCUCACAGGACUUUGAGGACAGUUGGCGCCACCUCGUCCUGGAGGUGAUGGUGUCGCUGUCAGAGAAUGCCCCGGCUAUGGUGCGGAAGCGGGCUAAUAAGUAUAUCGUUGCCCUGAUUCCUCUAGUCCUGCAGAUGAUGACGGAUUUGGAUGAGGACGAGAAUUGGUCCACCACCGAUGUGGUCGACGACGAUGAUCACAGCGAUAACAAUGUGAUUGCCGAGUCCUCGCUCGAUCGCCUUGCAUGCGGAUUGGGAGGCAAGGUUGUACUGCCGCACGUAAUGGCCUCCCUGCCGGCGAUGUUAAGCCAUGCUGAUUGGAAACAUCGCUUUGCCGCCCUCAUGGCCAUCUCGGCCAUCGGCGAGGGUUGCCACAAGCAGAUGGAGGCCAUCCUGGACGAGGUCAUGACUGGAGUAAUUAACUUCCUGAUCGAUCCCCAUCCCCGAGUGCGCUAUGCCGCCUGCAACGCCAUCGGCCAAAUGUCAACCGACUUUGCACCGACAUUCGAGAAGAAGUUCCACAGCCAAGUGAUUCCCGGUCUGCUGUCCCUGUUGGAUGAUGUGGAGAAUCCACGCGUGCAGGCGCACGCCGGCGCCGCUCUGGUGAACUUCAGCGAGGACUGCCCGAAGAACAUAUUGACACGCUACCUGAACGGGAUUAUGGAUAAACUGGAAUCGAUUCUGACCUCGAAGUUGAAGGAGCUGGUGGAGAAGGGCAACAAGCUUGUGCUGGAGCAGGUGGUGACCACCAUUGCAUCGGUGGCAGAUACGUGUGAGGCCGAGUUUGUAGCCUACUACGACCGACUGAUGCCGUGCCUGAAGUUCAUCAUCCAGAAUGCCAACUCGGAUGAUCUGCGAAUGCUGCGCGGCAAGACCAUUGAAUGUGUCAGCUUGAUUGGAUUGGCCGUCGGCCGAGAGAAAUUCAUCGGCGAUGCUGGCGAGAUCAUGGACAUGCUGUUGGUUAAUCACACCGAGGGUGGAGAGCUGGCCGAUGACGAUCCGCAAACGUCUUACUUGAUUACGGCCUGGGCCCGCAUGUGCAAGAUCCUUGGCAAGCAAUUCGAGCAGUAUCUGCCCGUGGUAAUGGGUCCAGUCAUGCGAACGGCUACCAUGAAGCCGGAGGUGGCCAUGCUGGACAACGACGAGGUGGAGGACAUUGAGGGGGAUGUGGACUGGUCGUUUAUCAACCUUGGAGAGCAGCAGAAUUUUGCCAUUCGCACUGCUGGCAUGGAUGACAAGGCCUCUGCCUGCGAGAUGUUGGUCUGCUAUGCCCGGGAACUCAAGGAAGGAUUCGCCGAGUACGCCGAAGAGGUGGUGCGCCAGAUGGUGCCCAUGCUCAAGUUCUACUUCCACGACGGCGUUCGCACGGCGGCAGCGGAGUCGUUGCCAUACCUCCUCGACUGCGCCAAGAUCAAGGGACCGCAGUAUCUGGAGGGCAUGUGGCUGUACAUUUAUCCGGAGUUGCUAAAGGUCAUCAACACGGAACCGGAGCCGGAGGUGCAGACUGAACUGCUUAACUCGCUGGCCAAGUGCAUCGAGACACUGGGCCCCAAUUGCCUGAAUGAGGAAGCCAUGAAGCAGGUGCUCGAUAUUAUUAACAAGUACGUCGUCGAACAUUUCGAGCGCGCGGAUAAGCGUUUGGCCGCCCGCAAUGAGGAGGACUAUGACGAUGGAGUCGAGGAGGAGCUGGCCGAGCAGGACGACACAGAUGUGUACAUUCUUUCCAAGAUUGUGGACAUUACGCACGCCCUCUUCCAAACGAACCAGGCCAGUUUUCUGCCAGCUUUUGAGCAGGUGGCACCGCACUUUGUCAAGCUUCUUGAUCCCAGCCGAUCGGCAGCCGAUCACCAGUGGGGCGUGUGCGUCUUUGAUGAUUUAAUCGAAUUCUGCGGCCCUGCUUGCGCACCCUACCAGCAGAUUUUCACUCCAGCUCUUUUGCAGUACGUGUGCGAUAAGUCGCCAGAGGUCCGCCAGGCUGCCGCCUACGGAUGCGGAAUGCUCGGCCAGUUCGCCGGCGAACAAUUCGCGCUGACAUGCGCCCAGAUCAUUCCACUGCUGGUGCAGAUUAUCAACGAUCCCAAGUCCCGCGAAAUUGAAAAUAUCAAUGCCACUGAGAAUGCUAUCUCGGCCUUUGCGAAGAUCCUCAAGUACAACAAAUCAGCGCUUACCAACGUGGACGAGCUGAUUGCGACGUAUUUCUCGUUUUUGCCCGUUUCCGAGGAUGGGGAGGAGGCCGUCCAUAUCUAUGGCUACCUUUGCGACUUGAUCGAGGGCAAUCACCCGGUCAUUCUCGGUGCCAACAACUGCAAUCUGCCGCGCAUCGUCUCCAUAAUUGCUGAGGCCUUCUGCACCAAGGUUGUGGAGGCACAAAGCCAGACAGGCACCCGCAUGCUCACCAUCGUCAAGCAGGUGGAGUCCAAUCCGGAUGUUAUGGCGGCCUGUGCCAGCACCCUUAGUCCGGAACAGCAGCAGGCCCUGCAGGAUGCCUAUCGGGAGUUGGCGAGCGCGGCUACCGCCUAAGCUCACUCUGUUGCUGCCCCGAUCGUAGCAAGAAGGAAUGGAAGCAAGCUACAGCUAAUCGUUAUUAUUAUUUUCAUCUGAUGACCGACUUUGUCGUCGCAAAUGCAUUAUGAAAUAUUCGUUAAAAAAAAGAAACAUACACGCAUACUUACAUAUAUAUAUAUAUGUACGAUAGAGUUAUCCGGGAUAUAUAAUUCUAUAUAUAUUGUGAUUUCAAUCAAAAGAUCUUCUCUCCCGAAGAAUAAAGUCUGCGACUCCUUAGAAUUUGACAUGUUGUAAGAUGGACCGAAUCCCUAGGCCAUCGCAACAUCACACACAAAUUCCAAUAGAUUAUUUUCAUUACUCAAGUUUUCAUAUGUUGUAUAUACAUAUGUGUGUAUAUUCGGCCCCCACGGCCGCCAUCUCCUUCCCCCCAAAAAAAGAACGAAACAAAAAAAGGAUGUGAAUGUCGUCCGAAUCGACCGAAAAAUGUAAUUUUGGCAUUAAAAUUAAAGAUCCCAAAAAUAUUUAAAGGAAAUAACAUGUAACAUUGUAUUUUAAAAAGAUGAUAAGAACGAAAUAAAUAACACGUCAAACGAAA